AGUUUCAAAAUACUUGCAAACCUAAACUAUAUGUUAUUUAGGGAUAUAGUAACAUAUAUAAUAAAUGUAUAAAGAUCGUUUCUCAGCCUUUUGGCUAAGAUCAAGUGUAAUAAAUGCAUAAAGAAAAUCAGGAAAAAGACUAACACUAAAUUCAAAUGAUGGUUAACUUUGUGGGAGAAGGAAGAGGAAUGUGAUUUGGAAGAGCACAUAAAAGGCUUCAAUGAACUGAUAAUAUUCUUUUUCUUAACCUAUGUCAUAGAUCUACAGAAAUGUAUUACUUUUAUUCAUUCAGCUGUACUUAUGUUAAUAUAUAUUCGUGUGUGUGUGUGUGUGUGUGUGUGUGUGUAACUUUAUAUACAAAUUGUUGCCCUCCUUCUCCCCUUUACUUUGUUCCUUUGUAUAAUCAAAUAUAGUAACAUAGUGGGGUAAUCUCUGGAUAAAGUUAUCUGAAAAUGUAGAGGCUACAGCAAGGGCAGAGUAGGCCCAGUCAGACGGAAUAAAUCACCUUCAGAAGGCCUCUUCGGCUCUUUUCCCAUCUUCCCCCUGCACCAGCAACUCCACAGACUUAAGAGCCUGGGAUGAGCCUUCUAAGGAAAAAUUAAACAGCAAAGAGAUUAGACCUUUUUGGGUCUCCAAAGAAAAGGCUGGCUCUGAAGUCUGUUAGAUAAGUUCUAACCCAUGAUUAGGAGGGUUAUCAUCACAUAUAUGAGAAAAAUUCCAGUAUGAAAGGGAGAGAACAUUCAAAAAAGUAAAUAAAUUUGGUCAUAACAGAUACAAUUCGUGGAGCCAGGAGAACAACAAAUAGAUACAUAGUCAUAUCUAUAGUUGCUCUUUGGUAUCUCUGAGAGUUUAGGACCCCCCCCCCAAAAAAAGAUACCCAAUUCUAAAGAUGGCACUGUGGCACAGCAGGUUAAUACCCUGGCCUGAAGUGCCGGCAUCCCAUAUGGGCACCGGUUGAAGACCUGGCUGCUCCACUUCUGAUCCAGCUCUCUGCUAUGGUCUGGGAAAGCAGUGGAGGGUGGCCCAAGUCCUUGGGCCCCUGCACCCACAUGGGAGACCCGGAAGAAGCUCCUGGCCCCGGAUCAGCGCAGCUCUGGCCGUUGCCACCAACUGGAGAGUGAACCAGCAAAUGAAAGACCUCUCUCUCUCUGCCUCUCCUUCUCUCUCUGUGUAACUCUGACUUUCAAAUAAAUAAAUAAGUCUUGAAAGAAAGAGAGAGAGAGAGAGGAAGAAAGGAAGGAAAGGAGGGAGGGAGGAAGGAAGGAUUCUGCAAAGGAAGCAAAGACACCAGAAAAGUCUGACACUUAGAAAAAACAUUGCAAGGAGUUUGAUGUAUUUGUUGUAACAUUUGGGAAGAGGUAGCAAUAGGAACAAAUACAAGACAGCAAAGUAAAUGUAAAUACAAAACAAGUUUAUUAAAUUCAGGAUAAAUAAAAACAUGAAAAAAUCUACUUGGCUCUGAGGCAAAAUUGUGUGUUUAUGAUAUAAGCCAAAUAUUACUUUAACCAUUGUGAUACAACUAUAUUUGGAAGUGAGGGCAGAGGAUGGGAUGUGCUUGCUUUAAAUGAAUUCUUUUCUUUUAAGAUUUAUUUUAUUUAUUUGAAAGCAUUACAGGGAGAGAGGGAGAGGGAGAGAUCUUCCAUCUGCAGGUUCGCAUCCCAAAUGACUACAACAACCGGGGCUGGGCCAGGCUGAAGCCAGAGCCAGUUUUUAUCCGGGCCUCUCAGGUGGCUGCAGGGGCCCAAGCAGUUGGGCACUCCUCUGCUGCUCUCCCAGGCGCAUUAGCAAUGAGCUGAAUCGGAAGCAGAGCAGCCGGGACUGGAACCGCUGCCCAUAUGGGAUACCAAUGAUGUAGGCGUUGGCUUAACCCGCCAUGCCACAGCGCUGACCCCUAAAUGAAUUCUGAUGUGAUCAUUAAAUGGGACAUAUUAAUUAUUUAACCACUAAAACGUCUCAUCUUUUAGCUAAAAUAGUUAAAAUAACAUUUUAAAAGUUAUUACCUAAGAGUGAUUGAGGCAGCCAUUGGACUCAUCCAAGAUUUCAUAUUCAGAAGCAGGAAACUCAGUGAAACUUGCAAGGGCCAAGUAGAGGGAAAAAGUAACACACAUAUGUAUAGUAGUUAUUCCCUUGCAUGUUACUAUGGAGCCGUGCCAUUUCAACGGCUUGGAACGGGUCCAGGCACACAUUCGUAUAACAGUCUCUAAGUAAUGACGAAUUUAACCUCUCCCUUUCCCAGUUUUGCACACUCCUGAGGGCACACCUGACCCACGGGCGGUUAAUCAGAAUGCCAUACCCAGCCUCAUACACGGUCCCCUGGAGAACACUAAUCGGAAGCGCUGGCUAUUAAAGCCGCCCCGCGUGGGGCGCCGACGCCUGCAUGGAUAAACAGCCUCAGGCACGUCACGAACCGAGUCACGAACCGAGCCGCCACCGCACAGCCGCCUACGUCAGGUGUCGGAGCUGGGCGUGACAGCCAGCAAUCGCUGAGGGGUCUCCAUGAAGCACACCAUCCAAAGGAUGACACGCAGGCGGAGCCCCACGCACAAACACAGGGGCACACUCAGAGCGUUGCGCCCCACAAUCCUAGCUCGCCUCUCGAGGGCCGGCCUCAGGACCCGGGCCCCAGCCUAGCAGCCACCAGCAGGCCGCGUGGGCACCCGCUUGUUUCCCCUUUCCGUCGGCGGCCGCCACGCUGAGCCUACAACUCCCAGCAGUCUCCGCGCCUCCUUUCCGGGCCCUUCCCACAUUUCCCAGAGGCCUCCAGGCACGAAGGGCUCUUGACAGCGCCAGUCACUCGCCGGCUCAUCCCUACCAGGCUGAGUGCCUGCCUCCGCCGCCGUCGGCGGCAGCCUCUGCGCCCGUGGACCUGCUCUUAGGUGCGGGGCGUGCCCUGGGCUGCGACAGGCGCAUCCCCGGGCUUGGCGCCGCUGACCUCGGGGAGUGGUGGUUCUCUGCGCUGCCUGAGGAUGGAAGGCUGUUCUGGAGAGAGAGGAGAACCAGUGCUGCACGUCUGAAAAGUAAAGGCUUCUCAGAACUUUGCUUCUCCAGGAGAAAUCUUAAGGAAGACCAACCAAUUCUUUUGAUUCUAAAAUCAUGGCCCAUGCACUGGUGAUGUUCAGGGAUGUGGCUGUCGAGUUCUCUCAGGAGGAAUGGGAGUGCCUGGACACUUCUCAGAGGAACUUGUACAGAGAUGUGAUGUUGGAGAAUUACCGUAACCUUGUCUCACUGGGACAUGCUGCCUCAAAGCCAGAUGUGAUUACCUUAUUGGAGCAAGGGCGAGAGCCUUGUACGGUGGCAAGGGUUGUGACAGCAAGACCAUACCCAGGUUUGUUCCCCAGGACUGAGAAUAAGAGGUUAGCUCCAGAAAAUGGCAGUUGUGAAAUUGGUUUAUCCAACUGGGAGAAAAUAAAAAGAAGUAAAACCUUUGACUUUAAAGGACCCACUUUGAGGAAGGAUUGGGAGAGCAAACGUGAGUGUGAAGGACGACAGGAAGCUCAAGAAGGAUAUUGCAGUCCAAUGAAAAUCAGCAAUGACAAAGAGCCAACAUCUCAAAACAAUACGUCUUUUCCUCUAAAUGACAGAGAACAUGGAAAAACCUUUAGUUGUGACUCCAACGUAGUUCAACAUAAGAAAAUUCAUUCUGAUGAGAAACAUCAUGAUUGUAAAGAAUGUGGGAAUACUUUUAAUAGUGGCUACCAACUUACUCUGCAUCAGAAAAUCCAUACUGGGGAAAAACCCUACGAGUGCAAGGAAUGUGGGAAGGUCUUUAGUCGUAACUAUCAGCUUACUCUGCAUCAGAGGUUCCAUACGGGGGAGAAACCCCACGAAUGUCAAGAAUGUGGGAAGGCCUUUAGUGUUCACUCACAGCUUAAUCGACAUCGGAGAAUUCAUACUGGCCAAAAACCCUAUAUGUGUAAGGAAUGUGAUAAGGGCUUUUUCAGUCAUUUAGAGAUUAUUCAGCAUGAGAGGAUCCAUACUGGUGAGAAACCUUACGAAUGUAAAGAAUGUGGAAAAGCUUUUCGGCUUGGCUUCUACCUUACAGAACAUCAGAAAGUUCAUACGGGUGAGAAACCCUAUGAAUGUAAGGAGUGUGGGAAGGCCUUUGGUGCGUGUGGACAGCUUACCCGUCACCAGAAAAUUCAUACUGGUGCAAAACCAUAUGAAUGUAAAGAAUGUGGGAAGGCCUUUAGACUUGGUUUCUAUCUUACUGAACACAGGAGAACACAUACAGGUAAGAAACCUUAUGAAUGCAAGGACUGCGGGAAAACCUUUAAUGUGCGUGGACAGCUUAAUAGGCACAAGACAAUUCACACUGGUGUAAAACUCUUUGAAUGUGAAGUGUGCGGGAAGGCUUUCAGUUUUAGUGGUGACCUUAGAGUACAUCACAGAAUUCACACUGGUGAGAAACCAUAUGAAUGUGAAGAGUGUGGGAAAGCCUUUAUACUUCGCUCAGCCCUUACUGAACAUCAGAGAAUUCAUACCGGUGUAAAGCCCUAUGAAUGUAAGGAAUGUGGGAAGACUUUCAGAGGGCGCUCACAAAUUAGUCUGCAUAAGAAAUUUCAUACUGAUGUAAAACCCUACAAAUGUACACGCUGUGGGAAGACCUUUAGAUUUGGGUUCUACCUUAGUGAACAUCAGAGAAUUCACACAGGUGAAAAGCCUUACGAAUGUAAAGAAUGUGGAAAGGCCUUCAUUCGUAGAGGAAAUCUUAAAGAGCACCUAAAAACUCAUUCUGGUUUAAAACCCUAUGAGUGUAAAGAAUGUGGGAAGACUUUCAGUUGGCGUGGACAGUUUACACAACAUCAAAAAAUUCAUACAGGUAUAAAACCCUACAAAUGUAAGGACUGUGGGAAGGACUUCAGUCGCAGUGGAGACCUUAGAAUACAUCAAAGAAUUCAUACUGGUGAAAAACCCUAUGAGUGUAAAGAAUGUGGAAAGGCGUUUAGGCUUAAUUCACAUCUUAAUGAACAUCAGAGAAUUCAUACUGGUGAGAAACCUUAUAAGUGUAAGGUAUGUAGUAAGGCCUUUAGACAACAUUCACAUCUUUAUCAACAUCAGAGAAUUCAUAACAUAACCUAAGGUAAGAAACCAGGCAUGUUUUUCAAGGUAACUUCAAAAAGCUGAUGAAAAAAAAAUGGAGUAAAAGAUGCUUAUUUUUGUGUAAAAAUUGAAAUCCAUUCAUGGUCUUCAUAAUAUAAAUUUUCCAUGAACUUUUAAUAACUAAUAUUUAUAGGAUAUAAUAAUAUAAUAUGGAAUAAUCAUGCUAGAUAGAAAGUCCGUCAAUGUGUCAGUCUUUAGACAUGUUAACUUAAUAAAUGUGUAAGAGCUUUCUAGUACCUCUUAGUUCUUGCUAAAUCAAAAGAAAUACUUGAAAAUAAAAAUUAAUGUAAAAAUUAUGAGAAAUUUGCUAGCAGUAAUAUAUACUUAUCAUUGUUGCCUUUCCACUUCUCUUAUUACCUGUGUGAUGUGAGACAAAGCAUUUACCUCUUGGUGCCUCAAUUGUAAAAUGAUACUGUCCUCAAAGUGUGGUUAAUGGUUUGUAAUAUGCAUUUUCUGUAAAAAGUGUCCUUCAUAAUAAUAUUUUUUGAAUAUUGGACAUUAUUGUUUUUAUUACCAGCAACAUUACUCUUAGUGAAUCCUUUAAAUGCAGUAGACUUAACAAUUUAGAAAAGCCACAUUGUAUUUGAGGAAAUUCAUCUUUGAUAAAAUUUGUAUUAGGGGCCGGCGCAGCGGCUCACUAGGCUAAUCCUCCGCCUUGCGGCACCGGCACAGCGGGUUCUAGUCCCGGUUGGGGCGCCGGAUUCUGUCCCGGUUGCCCCUCUUCCAGGCCAGCUCUCUGCUGUGGCCAGGGAGUGCAGUGGAGGAUGGCCCAGGUGCUUGGGCCCUGCACCCCAUGGGAGACCAGGAGAAGCACCUGGCUCCUGCCAUCGGAUCAGCGCGGUGCGCCGGCCGCAGCGCGCCAGCCGCGGCGGCCAUUGGAGGGUGAACCAACGGCAAAGGAAGACCUUUCUCUCUGUCUCUCUCUGUCUCUCUCU